UAUAUAACAAAUAAUUUGAGGUGUGUUAUAGCUAUGAAACAGUACGUUCUGGCAGUGCUGACACUGGCACUGUGUGUGGGGGGAGUGGAGAUGGUAUCUACUGUGAACAGAGGCAGGGCUCGGGUAGAGGGGAAACAACUUCUACCUGGUAGAGACAACUGGGACUUUGUCGGACACGCCCUGAAGUCGGACCUAACAACCCUGGUAUUGGCCCUGAAACAAAGGAACACAGACGACCUCACACAGCUGUUCUGGAGUGUAUCUGAUCCUCUGUCAGCUCGAUACGGCAAGUUUCUGAGUUUAGAGGAGGUUAAGGAGAUUGUUCAGCCGCAUCCUCAGGAUAUCAAGGAUAUAAUGGUUUGGUUACACCACUACAAUGUGGACUCGUGCUCUCUUAUUGAAACCCGAGAUUUCCUCAAGUGCAGGGUCACUGUUGGUGUGGCAGAACAACUGCUGGAAACUAACUUCGGUUAUUUUCAACAUAGCGUACAAAAGGAUAACGUCAUCAUCAGAGCAACUCAGGAGUACACAGUUCCUAAGAGAAUAGCAAGUAAACUAGACUUCAUAGGAGGAGUUCACAGGCUUCCUAACGUGGAGAGCAAACUCAAGAUAAAACAGACGAUGCCGUUACCGGACGACCUCUCCGCGUUCCGUUACGGGGUCCACCCCGACACACUCCGCAAGCGUUACAACGUCAGUGACAACGUGGCUACAAACGCUAACAACUCCCAGGCUACCGCCCAGUUCCUUAAACAGUUCUACUCCGCUGGGGACCUGACAAAGUUUAUGAGCCAUUUUGGCAAGGGUUUCCCCCAUUUGAAUAAGAUCUCUCACGAAGUUGGACCUAACAGUGGUAAAGCAGGACUUGAAGCUAAUCUGGAUGUUCAGUACAUUAUGUCACUGGGUGCUAAUGUUUCUACUACUUUCUGGAGCACCGGCGGGUUAAAUAAAGGCCAGGAACCGUUUCUGGAGUGGCUGUUGGACCUCAGUAACACCUCUCAAAUACCUCACAUAUUCAGCGUGAGUUACGGAGAUCACGAGAGGACCUUAUCAGCCGAGUUCAUGAACAGGAUAAACUUAGAGUUCCAGAAGAUUGGAGUGAGGGGUGUUAGUGUGCUGUUCGCUAGUGGAGAUGAUGGAGCUGGCUGUCACAGGUUUGAGGACGAAUCGUACACUUUUGAACCAGACUUUCCCUCCUCCUCCCCCUUUGUUACCACAGUUGGAGGCACUAUGUUUACUGCUGUGUUCAGUGAUGUUAAUGAGAAGGGUAACGAUAUUUCUGGGGGAGGUUUCAGUAAUAUCUUCAGCAUGCCCAAAUAUCAGAUGGAGACAGUAUCAGGUUAUCUGAACUCGUCAGUAAAAGGACUCCCCGACUCCAAAUAUUACAACAGCUCUAACAGAGCUUACCCUGAUGUAUCAGCAAUGUCUGACGACUUCUGGAUCAUCAUCGACAGACUCCUAAUGAACGUGGCGGGCACCUCCGCCGCCACCCCAACAGUAGCCGGCCUCAUCGCCUUGGCUAACGACGCUAGGUUGAACGCUGGGAAACCAGUCCUAGGAUUCCUCAACCCCUUCAUCUACCAGAACCCUGACAUCUUCUUUGAUGUGACCCUAGGACCCCCGAGCUCAGCCUGCUGGUUAGAUGAUCUGGAGGGGUACCCUCUCAGUGAGGGGUGGGACCCUGUCACUGGGUUUGGUACACCAGACUAUCACAGACUUGUUGCUGCUGCGAUGAAGUAUUAAACUGAAGAGGCGUCCCACGUGAUUGGGUAUCGCGUCAUGAUUAGUCACGUGACAAGGCGCGUCACUGUUAGAACACGUGGGCAUGUCUCAUGUCGCAACAAAGACUUGUUGCUGCUGCUAUUAAGCAUUGAACUUAAGAUACAGAAUGUACCGUCAUGUUUUGAGAAAUGUGGAGUGAAUUUUUAACACGUUUCAUGCCUUUACACCACGUGACUUUACAGUUUACACCACGUGGUAUGAAGGUAUAUCCAUGAUUGUUUGAUGAAAACUGUAGAGGAAGUUUGAUUUUUGGUACACAAUGACAUCCCUUUGAUGUUAUUUUUAUGUUUCGAUUUUCUUUUGUAAAAACAUUUCAACCAGGAUCACGCACAAUGAUCAUAUUAUGUUUGUAAGUAUUUUUAAAGUAUUUCUAUGUUAUUGUAUAAUGUGUUAUGUGUUAUGUGUUAAUACUUCUAAAAUAAGUUUGAUAUGAUAAUGGUAUUGAUAUGAUAAUGGUAUUAUAUUUUUAUUAUGA